GAUGCCAACCGCUUUAAAGCACAAAGAAGCGAAGAAGCCGUUGAGUUCAGUUCAGCCUAACAAAGUCCUCACACUUAGACGACCCCAGUUGUGUGCUCAAAUAAACAUUAUUAUUCCAUUUCAUUCUUUGGAAACCCACUGUCAUCUGACGUAAAAGGUCAGUUUAGACAUCGCUAUGGCGCAGGAGACCAAUCAGAGCCCAGCUCCUAUGCUCUGUGCCACAGGCUGUGGUUUCUAUGGCAACCCCAGGACUAAUGGCAUGUGCUCUGUUUGCCACAAGGAGCACCUGUCAAGACAGAACAAUGGAGGAGUCAGUUCUCUGAGUGCUAUGGGCAGCAGCAUGGUCUCCACAGAAGUUUCAGCAAUCCAGCGGUUAGAGGCCACCUUGAAUAAUGCAGCAGCAGCAGUGGUUGCAGCUGAGGCCGCAGCUUCAGCAGAGGCUGCUGCAAUCGAAACUCUCAGUAGGAUGUCAACUAUUUGUGUAACACAAAAGAUGACUGAGAUGAGUCUUUCCUCGGAGGACAAAGGAGCAUCCAUUAGCAAAGCAGACCUGACAGGGCUUGUGUCCACAGACACAGAUAUUCAUCCCUCCACUGCUGACAGUCCAGUAUUCAGUGCUCCUGAUCCCCUCAAACCCAAGAAGAACCGUUGUUUUAUGUGCCGCAAAAAGCUUGGUCUUACAGAUUUUGACUGUCGCUGUGGGAACUUGUUCUGUGGCGUUCACCGUUACUCCGACAAACACAACUGUCCAUACGAUUAUAAAGCUGAAGCCGCGGAAAAGAUUCGCAAAGAAAACCCUGUGGUUGUUGCUGACAAGAUCCAGAGAAUAUAAGACUUUAAGACAUUGGAUCUUUACUAAAUGAAUUUGUGCCCAACUUUCCCUUUGUUUUUUCACCAUUACAAAUGUUUUUUGUUUUUUUUUCAAAUAGCAUCUUUCGUUAUUCUUUGUAUGCUUUUUUUUUUUGGUCUUUCUAGAAGUGGAUGUGAACACUAUGUACAUGUGUGUAUCAGAGCAGAUGUUGGUCAGUAUUUAUCUGUAGGCUGAAGAUAAUCCAUGCAUCCACUUUGUACUCCUGUUUAAAAAAGAUUCAAAAAAGGUACAUUUAUUUGUUGAAGGUUGUGAUCUUGAGGCCUCUGUUGGCCACUGACGCCAAACUACCUGCGCUUCAAUCGACAGGCGUAUUUUUUUCUUUUCUAAAAAAACUAAGAAAAUCAAGAACUGAAAUCUUCUGACUGGUCAGAUGUUGCACCUGCCCUUAAGUCUGAGCCACUGGAUCCACCCUCCUCACACAGCCAUGUUUGCUAAGCUGACAUGUUCCAUCUGAUUGUUGCUUUGUGUCUGCUAAAUUAAUACCUAUUAUUUUUAUCUCCCUGUCACUACAAAAUAUGUUUAAUGUCAUACGACAAAUUGGCUCAUUUUACAGGGUUUGGUCCCACUAUUUUCUUCUGUCACUUCACUUGUGAAUGUUUUCUGCUGUUUAAUGUGUGUUGACAUGUUCACAAUGUUAGGAGUGUCACAUUCACAGGAUGUUUGUGGGGAAAAAUGUGUAUGCUGGAUGAUUAUAUGAGGUGAGUAUUUCCAUUUUCUUUUAUUGAUUUUAAUUAUUUCUGUGAAGGGGGGCAAUGCUUAACUGCUUAAUGUGGUUUUGUUUAUUUUUACCCUUUUAGUCAUGCAAGUUUGUACAAACAUUUUUAUUUAUAUACUACAGUGUCUGUAAUCCUCCAAUAAUACACGUGUGUCUGUGUGUUGUAAAUAAACAGUGUUCAC